UCGCGCCUCCCUAUGCAAAGGAAACCUUCCAAUCCACCCUUCAUUUGUAAAGCAGUUCGCUUCGGGAUGCACCCAUCUCAGCUCUGAUAUAAGAGCCUCGUGUUCUAUGUAUUCACGGGACACAUCUUGCGAAGCCUUGGCUGCCCUCACCAACUGUAACCACGACGUGAUGGCGAUAAGCAGUAUCAGAGUGACCGCAGUCACGACCUUCCUGACAAAUAAAACCUCCUCAAUCUGGUUGUGCACGUCCUCUUUUUGCCUCCAACCUUGCCUCCAGUCUUGCUCCGACAUGAGGGUGUGCUGUGUGCGUCCGCGCAGGCCAGUGCUGAGGAUGGGACUUAGGUGCACUGUAUUUCCACCCAUUAUCAUAGCUUUCAUAGGCCUCCCGUUUGAGCGGGUCUGUGUGAUGGGUGUCUAUGAUCAUCUAGAAUUGCUUAAGCCUAGCUGCACGAUCACGGCCUCCGUUUGGCUGAUGACUGGAACAGUCUGGAUGGUACAGCUUUACAAUCUUGGUAAACUGCUGCUCGUUGUAGGAAGUAUGUUUUUCCUGGCCAAGAACAUCGCAAGGUGA